GAAACCUCCCACAACUUUGCAAGGUGAGAAAAUAGGACUCUUGGAAGCUGGGCACCUUGUUCACGGCCUCAGCCUGGGAAGGGGUAGGAGCAGGACCCAGACCCUGGACCACGGGGCCUUGGAGCCCGAGCAGCCUCCACGCACUCUGCACAUCCGCCCUGGUGGGGCUGGGGCUCCGAUGACUCCACCCUCCGCCAUCCUCUUCCCCAUCUGUCAGCUCUUGUGCCCUGAUGGGGGUAGGACUUCGCUUUGCUGUGAACCUUGACACUUCCUUUUCUGUGUUGGUGGAGACAAUUAUUUAAAAAAUCAAUUCUAGCACAUUAUUUAAAACUUCAAAUAAUACUAAAGCUUAAAAAGCUUUACUUCCUCUCCUGACCCCAACCCCACUCUCCAAACGUAGCCACUAAUAACCGUUCGGCGAACACUUCUUCGGACUUUUCUAUAUGCAGGUGGAAUGGAUAGCAGGGUCUCGAGCACAACCAGUAAUGGAGAGACAAAACCAGUGUGCCCGGGCAUGGAAAAGGCGGAGGAGGCUGGCGGCCUGCAGCGGGGGCACUGGAACAACAAGAUGGAGUUCGUGCUGUCCGUGGCCGGGGAGAUCAUCGGGCUGGGCAACGUCUGGAGGUUUCCCUACCUCUGCUACAAAAACGGGGGAGGUGCCUUUUUCAUCCCCUACCUCAUCUUCCUCUUUACCUGUGGCAUUCCUGUCUUUCUCCUGGAGACAGCACUAGGCCAGUACACCAGCCAGGGGGGCAUCACAGCCUGGAGGAAGAUCUGCCCCAUCUUUGAGGGUAUCGGCUAUGCCUCCCAGACCAUCGUCAUCCUCCUCAACAUCUACUACAUCAUCGUCCUGGCCUGGGCCCUCUUCUACCUCUUCAGCAGCUUCACCAUCGACCUGCCCUGGGGGAGCUGCCGCCACGACUGGAACACAGAGCACUGCGUGGAGUUCCAGCGGGCCAGCAGCUCCGUGAACGUGAGCUCUGAGAACGCCACCUCUCCCGUCAUCGAGUUCUGGGAGAGGCGGGUCCUGAAGAUCUCGGACGGCAUCCAGCACCUGGGGGCCCUGCGCUGGGAGCUGGCCCUCUGCCUCCUGCUUGCCUGGGUCGUCUGCUACUUCUGCAUCUGGAAGGGCGUCAAGUCCACGGGCAAGGUGGUGUACUUCACAGCCACCUUCCCUUACCUCAUGCUGGUGGUCCUGUUGAUUCGAGGGGUGACGCUGCCUGGGGCCGCCCAAGGAAUUCAGUUUUACCUGUACCCAAACCUCACGCGUCUGUGGGACCCCCAGGUGUGGAUGGACGCAGGCACCCAGAUCUUCUUCUCCUUCGCCAUCUGCCUAGGGUGCCUGACGGCCCUGGGCAGCUACAACAAGUACCACAACAACUGCUACAGGGACUGCAUCGCCCUCUGCUUCCUCAACAGCGGCACCAGCUUCGUGGCCGGGUUUGCCAUCUUCUCCAUCCUGGGCUUCAUGUCCCAGGAGCAGGGGGUGCCCAUCUCUGAGGUGGCCGAGUCAGGCCCUGGUCUGGCCUUCAUCGCCUACCCCCGGGCUGUGGUGAUGCUGCCUUUCUCGCCCCUCUGGGCCUGCUGCUUCUUCUUCAUGGUCGUCCUCCUGGGACUGGAUAGCCAGUUCGUGUGCGUGGAAAGCCUGGUGACGGCGCUGGUGGACAUGUACCCCGGUGUAUUCCGCAAGAAGAACCGGAGGGAGGUCCUCAUCCUGGGGGUGUCUGUCACCUCCUUCCUCGUCGGGCUCGUCAUGCUCACAGAGGGCGGUAUGUACGUGUUUCAGCUCUUUGACUACUACGCAGCCAGUGGCACGUGCCUCCUGUUCGUGGCCAUCUUUGAGUCCCUCUGUGUGGCGUGGGCCUACGGUGCCGGGCGCUUCUAUGACAACAUUGAAGACAUGAUUGGGUACAGGCCAUGGCCCCUUAUCAAAUACUGUUGGCUCUUCCUCACACCGGCUGUGUGCACAGCCACCUUCCUGUCCUCCCUGAUCAAGUACACCCCACUGACCUACAACAAGAAGUACCUGUACCCGUGGUGGGGCGAUGCCCUGGGCUGGCUCCUGGCUCUCUCCUCCAUGAUCUGCAUUCCCGCCUGGAGCUGCUACAAACUCAGCACCCUCAAGGGCUCUUUCAGAGAGAGAGUUCGCCAGCUCAUGUGCCCAGCUGAGGACCUGCCCCAGCGGGCCCGAGCGGAACCCUCUGCCCCGGCCACGCCCAGGACGUCGGAACUGGAGUCUCACUGCUAGGGGGCAGGCCCUGGGACGAGGGGCCAGUGAGCCUGGCUGUGGGGACAGUUGCAGAAGGAAGGCACAGAAGCAGCCCUGCUGUGCUUCUCUGCCCCGCACCACCCGGGGUAGACAAGAUAAGAGGGGACAUGCUGGAAUCCACCUCUGAGCUG